AUGAAAGAUAAAAAUGAAUGUUUGUGUAGUAAGUUGAACUUACAUUGUUUGUGUGAUGAUGAAAAAAUUGUGCAUGAUGAUAAAAAUUUAAAAGUCGUUAAAAAAUUGUUUGAUAAGAAAAUGGUAAUUCCGAACUGGAACAAAAUUCCUAAUAAAAAUGGAAUCAUCAACAUUACAGAAUAUGCAAAAGAACACAAGAAUUGA